GCUUGAGCACAGCUUCUCCACAGUCAUAAAGUUUCAGCGCAAAAAGAAACUAAGAAAAUGGAUUCCAUUGAAAAAGCUUCAUUUCCAAUGGAGAAAGCAGACAAGUACAGAUCUUUCUUGUACGAUGAAGCUGAGACCACUGUGUGGAGACAUGGCUGUCCUCCCACCUAUGAUUCUGUCAAUCAGCUCUUUGAAGAAGGCCGAACUAAGGAAUGGCCAAAGGAUUCACUUGAAGAGAUAGUUCAGAAAGCUAUCAAAUCAUGGGAAAUGGAGCUCUCACACAAGAUCCGUUUACAGGACUUCAAGACUAUAAACCCUGAGAAAUUCAAGCUUUUCGUUAAUGGAAGAGAGGGAUUAUCAGCAGAAGAGACGCUUAGAGUUGGGAGCUACAAUGCUCUGUUGAAGAGUUCAUUGCCGAAGGAGUUUCAAUACUACAAAGCAGAAGAAGAAAGUUUUGAAUCGUCUCAUGAAGCGUUUAGAUCAGCUUUUCCUCGUGGUUUUGCAUGGGAAGUGAUGAGUGUGUAUUCAGGGCCUCCUGUGAUUGCCUUCAAGUUCAGACAUUGGGGUUUCUUUGAAGGUCCCUUCAAAGGCCAUGCUCCUACUGGACAAAAGCUUCAGUUCUAUGGCUUCGGAGUUCUUAAGGUGGAUGAAUCACUAAGGGCAGAGGAAGUGGAGGUGUACUAUGAACCAGCAGAAUUGUUUGGUGGGCUAUUGAAUGGACAAUUGAUUUCAGAAUCCCAAACCCAUCAUCACACUCAUGGCUGCCCAUUCUCCAACUAACCCUCUUUACUGUUUUCCAAUGUGAACCUUUCGCUUGCUUCUCUCAUUUUCAGUUCUAUCUUAUCUGCAAUAAAUUUUAUUUUAAGACAAAACAAAAGAUUAAGGUUGUGAUUGGUAUUUUUCAUUUUCUAAUAUUUAAUAUUUUUUUUAACUUCACAAA